AUGCCGGCGCGCAAAAGAGCAGCGGCCUCGCCGCCCGAGGACGAACCUCGUCGACGACCGCGGCGGACUACGAGUACGCCCAAGAAGAGCGCGUAUUUCGAUGACGAGAGCGACGAGAGCGCUGAUUUCAAGGGAGAAGACUUGUCUGAGGAUGAAGAAGACGAAAAGGACGAGGAGACUGAGGACGAGCCGCCGAAGCGCGGGCGCGGACGACCCCCUAAGGCCAAGGCGAAGGCCAAAGCCAAGGCUAAGUCGCCCAUCGUAAAGCGAAACGGGACAAAACUGAAAAAGGGCAAGAAAAGCAAGGACGAGGAGGAAGAAGACGGGGACGAAUACAAGGAGAAGGAAUUUUCGGAGGAGGAAGAUGACGAGGAUGAGGAGGAGGACGACGACGAAGCUCCGCGCGUGACGAUUACGAAACUGAUCGGCCUACGGCCUCUAGACGGGGUUGAGUACGCCGACACGAAGCUGCACAAGAACACGCUCGCCUUCCUCCGGGACCUGCGAGCAAACAACACGAGGCCCUGGCUGAAAUCUGUUUGGGGGGGAACCGGUUUUCGCCGCGCCCGGUUUGUGGUUGAUGUACCCGGCCGCGCCUUUCUCGGCGGCGGCCUGUGGUGUCCGCCCGCCGAGCAGGUGCGCGCCCUGCGCGCGAGCGUCGACGCGCGCCCGGCGCGGUGGCGUGCCGUCCUCAACGGGCCUGUCUUCAAGCGGAUAUAUCUCGAGGGCAAGGGCAAGGGCGGGGGGGACGAGGAGGCGGUGGAUGCGUUUUGCAAGGGGAAUCAGGAGAAUGCGCUCAAGACGAAACCAAAGAGCUUGAUGCUGAUGAUGGUGCGUCGUCAGGGCUGGGAGGCAGAUCAUCGUGACAUUGAGCUCCUCAAGCUGAGGAGCUACACGGUGGGGGCCAAGAUUGAGGACGGGCUCUUCGCGCAGGAGGACGCGCAGGAGAGGCUGAAGGACAUGGUCGUCGCGAUGGAGCCUUUCAUUACCUUUCUCAACCGCAUAGUCAUGCCGGACCCUGGGGAUACGAGCGACGAAGAGGAUGAGGCUGCGCCGGAGGGUAGUGAUGAUGACGACGAAAGCGAAGGAGAAGGAGAGAGUGAGGGUGCUGCUUGA